CAAAUUUAAAUACGCUCCGCCCUCUUGCUCCUGAAUAUUCAACAGCAAGAACCAAAAUAUAUGAAUAUUUAUGAGAGUUGAAGAAAAAUAUAAAUAAUGGCUUUACUCAUCAACAGGAAGUUAUGGAGAUGCAGCUUUUUGAACUGAGCUCUUAUAACAAGCCAGAUGGUCCGUCUCCUCUUAAGUCUGGAGGACGUGGUGUCCAUGGAUUCACAGAACAGUUUUCCACUUUGCCUCAGGACACUUUAUAUGAGAUUUGGUCAAGAGAGGAUGGUGGUGUUUCUGGAUCAUGUUCACGCACGACUUCUUCUUCUUUACAUGAUUUAACCUGCAUUUGAGGAUGACAUGGAGAACUGUGUCCCCACAGUCAGCUGGAGUGGUAGAGAGAACAAACAGAACCGUUAAGGAACCUGUUACUAAAGCCUGCAUUGAAACAGGCUGAAAUUGGACUGUUCUCCUGGCAGUACUCACAGAAAUGAGAACGACGCCAUCUUUCACAAAAACUAAUAUUUUGAAAGUUUAAUGUUCAGGUCUUUCCCGACCCCAUGGGUCAGGGGACGCACUGGAGUUUCUUCCUCAUGUAACCUGGAAGUGAUGGUGGAUGACUACGUUUCUGCCCUGGUUGAAGAAUUGAAUUCUAUUAGUGCUGAUGUCUCAUUAACUCUCCCUCAGGUCCUGAUGCGAAGCCUGAAGCCUACCAAGACUGAAGUCAUGUCUUCCUCCACUGAUAUUUGGAUCACCUUGAUUGGAAAAACUGCCGUGGGAAAAGUUCUGUGGGAAACACCAUCCUACACAUGAACAGAUUCCCUGUAGGUUCUGGAUCUUCAUCAGUGACCAGAAGAUGUCAGAAGGAGAGUGUUGUCCUUACAGGAAGGACAGUGAAGGUUGUAGACACUCCAGAUUCUUUCCUUUUUACACAUAAAGAAGAUCCUGAAGAUCUUGUCAGUGAGAUAGAGCAGAGUGUGAGAUUAUCUUCUCCAGGAGUUCAUGCAUGCGUGUUAAAACCCACCACAUUUACAAAGCAGGAGGCAGAAACAGUGUCCCAGUUUAAACAGAUCUAUGGAGAGGAAGUGUUUAGACACACAGUAUUGGUGUUCACACAUGGAGAUCAGCUUCAUGGUGUACGGAUGGAUAUGUUAAUCAGACAGAAUGUGUACUUGAUGGAUUUAGUGUCUCUCUGUGGUGGGAGAUUUACAGUUCUGAACAAUGCUCUAAAUGACCGUGAUCAGGUUUAUUAUCUACUGGAUAUUAUAGACAGAAUGGUGUCUGGUAACGAGAACAAAUUCUACACGUUGGAGAUGCUGCAGGAGACACAGAGAAGAACUGAAGAACAGAAAGAAAUGCUUUUAGCACAACAGCCUAAACACCAACACCAGAUGGAUCUCGAGCGAGCAAAGAGGGAGACAGAGAUCCGUGUGAGGAAAGAGAUAGAAGAGGAAAUGAGGGUCAGAGCAGUAAAUGAGGAAGAAGAGAAGAACAGUACUACAGGAGAGAACGAUGUGGACGAUGAAGAGCAGAAGAUUAGCAAGAAAUCUCUUGACCUGGAAGAUGUAGUUAAGUGGUGUGUUAGUCAGCAGAAAUAUAUUUGUGUGAUUGCAUUUUUCUCUCUAAUUGUAGGAGGUAUGUUCAGCUCAGGCUCUACAGACCGAUGGGCAUUUGUAUGUGGAUGUGGUUUGGGUGGAUCAGCAGAAAGAAAGAUCUGGGUUCUGAUGUGGAGAAUUCAGUUCAGGACGUCUUGUUCAACAGCGUCUUUAUGAUUUGUAUCAAUACUUCAAAAAAGUCUUUGGUGUUGUGUGUGGUGGUUUAUUUGGGUUCGGUGUAGGCUUCAUCUUGAUGCUUAAUGCAAAUGUAUGUUUAUUAUUUGUGAAAUGAAUCUGAACAUAAAGCAUGAAGAC